AUGGCGGAUGUAGAUUACGUCUCUCCUGUUCUAACGUCUCAAAUCAAGUAUUCUCAGAUGCGUGAGGCAAUUGACAAAACCUUGCAACAAUUAUAUUGGGCUUGUCGCCGCAAAGAAGACUUUCCUGGUCGUCCUCCUGACCUGGAAAAGAGCACUGUUACCACCAACGAUAUCCUCGAAGCCUUGGGCCUCAUCGGAUCUGAGAUGAACGGGUUGAACCCGGAGGAAUCCUCAAACAUGGCUAAACGUACCCUCACUUCUCCUACCGGUGUGGAUUCUCUACAUACACAGCUCACUGAAACAACGGUACCGCUUCCAUCUCCAAAUGACCCGGAGCGUGGCAAAACGUCGCCUAUAUUGCUACCACGACUGGCAAUGAAGGGACAGCAGCCCCACAUGUCAAGUGAUGCUACUUUGCCACAAUUAGACCCUCUCCCUUGUACGACGCUAGAAGGGAGAAUUGAGACGGUCUCGAAAGAUGAACUAUCCAGAAGAGCGUCCGAAACAUACCUCGAACUCAACUCACAGCUCCAUGUUCCUACCUCUACCUUUGAGCCAACUCGUGGCCCGUCACAAAGUACUAUUUUUCUGAGCGCUCACCCAUCCCACAACACGACAUCUUGGAUAGCGCCCGUUAAUCACAUUGAGUUAGAUCCUUCCGGCCACAAUCUUGGAACUAGUACAGUCGACCGUGUACGCUUCAAUGCUCAGCCAACUUUGGUUAGCAUCUCCUCCGAGCCGGGUAUUGAAAUGCAUAAUUCGCCAAGAUGUCCUCCUACAAUAAUUGGAGAUGGUUUCUUACCUCCGUGGGCGGGUUCUUUGGAACCUGCAUACCAGGCUUCACAAAUUGGACGUCAGAACUAA